AUGAAUCGGGAUUGGGAUGUGGACUUGAUGUCCUACAUGCAAAUUGAAGAUUUGAUCAAGAGUGAGGGGUAUCGUAAUUUAAAGUGUUUAUGGUAUUGGAAUCCUAAUUUUUCCUUUUCUCGUGGACUUCGGCCUCUGAACAAUGAUAAUGAUGUCUUAAGGUUAAUGGAGGAUGUUAGAGGAUUUAAGGUAGUUGAUCUUUAUGUUGAACAUAAAGUUGAAGAAAUAAAUAUUCAGGAUGUUAUUUUUGAGAAGGAUAAUGGUGAAAAAGUCAAUGGUGAAGGAGCAAACGUUAAUGUCGAGGGAGCAAAAGAUGAAGAGGUUAGUGUUGGUGGAGUAGAUGAAGAGGUUAGUGUCGAUGGAGUAGAUGAAGAGGUUAUUGUCGAUGAAGUAGAUGAAGAUGUUAGCGUUAAUGUUGAUGACGUAGAUGAUGAGAGUGAAACAAAUCCAAAUUAUAACAUGGGUAGUGAGGAUGACGAGGAAGAGGAUGAAGAUUUGGAAGAUGAAAUUGAUAUGAUGAAUUUAGGUGUUGAUGUUAGUAUUAAUUGGAAGACCGUUUUACCUAAUGCUACAGCAGAAAAAGCUUCAAAGUUGGAUGGUAAUUUCGAUAAUGGUAGUGAAUCAGAUGUGCUUCAAACUCCACCCGGUAGUGAUGCUGAAGGUGAUAUGGAAAAGUUUCCAAUAUUUAAGGAACCCACAAAACUUGAAGUAGGGAUGAUGUUCAAGGAUAAACAACAAAUCAAAGAUGUCAUAAAGGAGUAUGCAAUGGAGAACAAGAAGAACCUUGUAUUCAAUAAAAACAUAGAUAAAACCGGGAGUAGGUAUAAACAAAUCAUAUGCUAUGACAAAACACAAACGCCAUUUACGUGUUUAGGGUUUUUGUAUUCAGAGGUGAGUUACGAAACAUACCUCAACACAUGUGCUCGGUUUGCCAUUUCAGAGACGACGGGAAGCGAGCUGCGUUUGAUUUGA